AUGGUUCUAGCACAAACACCAGUAAUUGUUGAUAAUGGAAGUUUAUUGAUUAAAGCCGGAUUUUCUGGAGAGGAACAACCAGCUUGUGUGUUAUCAUCUUUGGUCGGAAGACCCAAACCAAUGCACCAGAGUCCGGAAAUGCUAGGAGCUGAAUCCAAGUUGAUUUAUUUGGGUAGGGAAAUAUCCUCAAACAAUAGAUGCUUUUUGAAUGUUACGCCAAGUAUAGUCAAUGGCACUGUACAAGAAUGGGACGAUAUUGAAUCCGUUUGGAAUUAUCUAUUUUUCAAAGAAUUACGCUUAAACCCAAUCGAGCAUCCAAUGCUCAUGAUCGAACACGAUCUAAGCCCAAUAUUUAAUGCUGAGAAAACAAUGAGUAUCAUGUUUGAAACUUUUAGGGUUCCAAAGUUCUAUUCAAAGACAUCUGGCUCACUAACAUUGUAUAGCAGUGGGUAUUAUACAGGUAUUGCUGUCGAUGUUGGUCAUAAUGUGACCACAAUGACGCCCAUAUAUGGAGGAUAUACAUUUUAUAAUGCUGUGAAGCGUGUUCACAUAGGAGGUGAUGAUAUCACAACACACCUGAAGAAACUAUUAAUGACUGAAAAAGGUUUUUACACCGAAUCUUUCGGAGAACAUGAAGAAAUUCGAAUGAUGAAGGAAAAAUGUUGCUUUGUGGCAAGGAAUUAUGAGGAAGUUAUGAAUGUUUUAAUCACUCCUCGGUCAUCAUCUACAAUAUCCAUACAUGAUUUUUCUACUUCUUAUACACUUCCCUGUGGAACUUCAAUUGAGCUUGAUAGCGAGCGAUUUAGAGCUCCUGAAAUAUUGUUUAAGCCUCAAUUAAUUGGAAGAGAAUGCGAAGGGAUACCACAGCUCAUCCAUUCAAGCAUUAUGGCGUGCGAUGCCGAUGCCAGACCAGAACUGUUUGACAAUAUCAUUGUUUCAGGAGGUAGUACACAAUUUCCAAAUUUUGACGAGAGAUUGCAGUUCGAUGUGUCAAGUUUAGCCAAAAGAAGUGUUCAGAUUAAAUCGUGUGACACUGAAAACAGAUACAACUCGCCAUUCAUUGGUGGAAGCAUUUUGACAAGUCUUGCCUCUUUUAACGACAUGUGGAUUACAGCAGAAGAAUUUAGCGAGACAGGGUCAUAUGCUUUGAUGCGAAGAAGAAAGGAUCAAUAUUAUUACUAA